CUCUUUGCGACCACAUACUCCCUCUUCAUCCUCCCAAAAAAACACCCUCCAUCAGUCACAAUGGCCCCGUUGCUGUAUGCUCGUGGUCGCAAGGCCCAGAAGGUCACCAAGAAGUACAUCAUCAACGCUUCGCAGCCUGCGAGCGACAAGAUCUUCGAUGUCUCCGCCUUCGAGAAGUUCCUCCACGACCGCAUCAAGGUCGAGGGCCGUGUUGGCAACCUCGGUGACAACGUUGUCAUCUCCCAGGUUGGUGAGGGCAAGAUCGAGGUUGUCACUCACAUCCCCUUCUCUGGUCGCUACCUCAAGUACCUGACCAAGAAGUACCUCAAGAAGCAGCAGCUCCGUGACUGGCUGCGCGUUGUCUCCACCUCCAAGGGUGUCUACGAGCUCCGCUUCUACAACGUCGUCAACGACGAGGGCGAGGAGGAGGAGGAGUAAAUUAUUCCUCAAUACCGAAUCAAAAAGUUCAAUAUUUUGGAUUCAUGGACACUCGUAUGAGGGGAGCAACUUCUUUCGGACGGGGAUGUGCUAUGGGUCUAUUCGAGUAAUAGACGUGGUCGAUGAAGGAUUACGUUCCGGCUACUGGUGUUUGGGCUCCAG